UUUUGAAGGUCUUAAAUUCAGGCGCGAACAAAGAUGGCGGCGUGCUGCUUACAUCACAUUGGACAACCAAAACAUACUCGAUAUUUGAAGUGAGCCAUGGAUUGAUAAUACAUACAGUCGCACUAUACACUGAGAAUCUAGAUCAUGGCAGCUGUUGCCACCCCUUCGCCACCACCCACUCAAGAGAAUGCAGCAAGCAUCAUCAAGAAGUUUACUUCCUAUACAAACUUCCUCACUGAUGCUGCAAUUCCUGAUGAAAGUAAACUCAAAGCAGCCCAAGAAAUCAGUGAAAAUUUUGAGACUAUAAUACAGUCUUCCUCCUACCCCUCCUUCCUUGAACAUGCCAUUCCCAAGUUCCUGCAGUACCUAAGAGAUGGAGAACCACAGUUUGUGGCUGAGUGCACAGUCCAGCAAUUGCGUAAGCUUUUACUGGAGAUCCUCCACAGGGUACCCACCAAUGAACAUUUGAGAGCACAUUAUAAGUCAAUUCUUUCUCUCAUGUUUCAUCUACUUGAGAUAGAAAAUGAAGAAAAUGUCUUGGUGUGUCUGCGAAUCAUUAUUGAACUGCACAAACAGUUCAGACCUCCCCUUCAAACUGAGAUCCAGCACUUUCUACAGUAUGUGAAGAACAUCUACAAAGAACUACCAGUUAAUGUGAAGCAACACUUUGAGGUGGUGUCCAUUUCAACAACAGGAUUCUUGCCGACAGACAGCCAGGGGGGGUCUCUACCAGCUGCUGCAGCUCAGGGAAGUACCCCUGUUGGUACACAUAGUGCUUCCCCCCUGAAUGCUGGUGAUGGUGGGAGUGGCAAGUCAGCUCAACAGACUAAUAUCCCAAAGGCAGUGAAUUCCCUGAAAGUUCUUGCUGAGCUUCCUAUUAUAGUGGUGCUAAUGUAUCAGCUCUACAAGCAGAGUGUGUACAGUGUUGUGGCAGAUUUUAUACCUCUUGUCAUGAACACAAUAGUGCUACAGCCUUCUCUUAAUGCCAGAAAAUCACCCACAUUCAACAAAGAGGUUUAUGUGGAUUUCGUUGCUGCUCAGAUCAAGACAUUGUCCUUUUUGGCAUACAUUAUCAGGAUUUACCAGGAAAUGGUGAAUACCUAUUCUCAGAACAUGGUUGGUGGAAUGCUUGGCUUGCUCAGAUAUUGUCCUCCAGAAGUUGCACACCUACGAAAAGAGCUUCUAAUAGCUGCUAGACAUAUCCUUGCAACAGAUCUAAGGAACAGAUUUGUCCCACACAUUGACCAACUGUUUGAUGAAGAAGUUCUAAUUGGCACUGGUUGGACUACGAAAGAGUCCUUGCGCCCACUAACAUACAGUACCCUUGCCGACCUUGUUCAUCAUGUGCGCACGCACCUUCCCUUGCCACACCUUUCACUGGCAGUGCACAUGUUCUCCAAGAACGUCCAUGAUGACUCCUUACCUGUCAGCAUACAGACCAUGUCCUGCAAGCUACUGCUGAACCUGGUGGAGUGUAUUCGUCAGAAGAGUGAUGAACAGGGUUCGGGAAGAGAAAUUUUAAUACGAAUGCUUGAAGUGUUUGUGAGAAAGUUCCAGUCGAUUGCCAAGCAUCAUAUUCCUGUCAUUUUUAGUAAAUGUCAACAAGUUGGAGAAAAUACCUCAGUUACUACUGCAGCAACUACAACUGCAACCCAAUCGAACAGCAUGACAACAACGUCAAGUACCACAACAACAAGCUCAUUGAGUAGUGAGGGAUCUUCCAGUGCAACAACUCCUGAGACAACCACACCCACUGAACCAGAGACCAAGAAACCCUUGAUACCAUCUACUGCAUCUGUCUCCAACAUAUUUACUGUGCCAGACUGCCGUAGCAUGGUGAAGACUUUAGUAUGCGGAGUGAAAACAAUAACCUGGGGCGCUGGUCCCUCCAAAGUGCCAGGAGGGAACAAGACGUUUCUCCCCUGGGAGACCCAGCUGUUUACCAGGCUGCUCAAAUAUGCAUUGCAAGCUUUGGAUAUCUAUCAAGUGUCAAUCACACCAAAUCAACAGUACUACCUGAGGCCUGCUAGCUCACAGCAAGUCCGCAUGAAGGAAGAGAAGGAGAUACUGGAACACUUUGCUGGUGUGUUCACCAUGAUGAACACUUCAAUCUUCAAGGAAGUGUUCUCUGCAAGUGUAGAGUACUUGGUUGAAAGGAUCCACACAAACUAUGCCUUGCAGAUAAUCCCUAAUUCGUUUCUUGCAAAUCCUAAUACCUCUGCGACCUUUGCUACCAUACUUGUAAAGUUCUUGCUGGAAAGGCUAGAUCAAAUGGGAUCCAACAUGGAGAGAUCUAAUUUGUACCUGAAACUCUUCAAGCUGGUGUUUGGCUCCGUCUCUUUGUUUGCCUCUGAAAAUGAGCAAAUGUUAAAGCCCCACUUGCACGAAAUAGUGAACAGAUCAAUUGAACUUGCCUGCACUUCCAAAGAGCCCUACAACUACUUUCUGCUGCUAAGGGCACUCUUCCGUUCCAUCGGAGGAGGAAGCCAUGACUUGCUCUAUCAGGAGUUUCUCCCCUUGCUGCCAAACCUGCUCCAAGGUCUCAAUAAUCUUCAGAGUGGAGUCCACCGACAGUACAUGAAGGAUCUCUUUGUGGAAUUGUGCCUUACCGUUCCUGUUCGACUGAGCUCUUUACUGCCAUACCUUCCUAUGCUGAUGGACCCUCUGGUGUCAGCACUGAAUGGAUCUCAGACUCUUGUCAGCCAGGGACUGAGGACCUUGGAAUUAUGUGUUGACAACUUACAGCCAGACUUCCUCUAUGACCAUAUUCAGCCCGUUAGGGCCGAGCUUUUCCAGGCACUAUGGAAGACCCUGAGGAACCCCAAUGAAAACAUUGCACGCAUUGCAUUCAGAGUUCUGGGCAAGUUUGGUGGAGGAAACAGAAGAAUGCUUAAGGAACCUCAAAAGCUGACAUUCAAUGAUGAAGACACUCUUGGGCCUUGUCUUGCCAUCUAUUAUCCAGAAAGUAUCACUCCAGUCACCCUUUCUGUUUCUCCUGUGAUCGAAAGAGCACUCACCUUCCUCAAGACACUGCCCCCUAACAUGUCAGUGAUGCAACAGCAGUCCUCAGUCAACCUGGAGCACACUAUGUUCUAUCGCCGGCAAGCAUGGCUUGUUGUCAGAUCCUAUCUUGUCGCUAUGAUGUCUCUAGAGGACACAGGAGAGAUACUGCAGAAGGUGCUGACCCACAAAAGCUUCAAGGAAGGCAAUGUACCAUUUCUGGGAAAGACCACAGUGCAGCACUGCAAUGACGUUCUGUCCAAGAAGUCGCUGGAGCAGGCCUUGACAGGAGCCCUAUUGUCUGCAUCAAUCAAAGAACUGCGCUCAGAUGCUGUGCCAUUCAUGUGUAACCUGAUCAGACACCUUACUCUGAUAGCUGUGGUGCAGCAGACUGGCCCUUGCCCAAUCAAGCCUCAGAACAGGACCCAGAAAGGCAUGGACGUCCAUGUGUUGUGUGACGCUAUCGCCGCCGUUAUGGCAAUGGAGGACAAGGAGUUUUGCAGUGUGGGCGAACUUGCUGUGUCUGUCAUGAUCGAGACCGCAACCGCUGUAACCUCGGAUUCAUACAAGGCUGUUCAGCUUCCCAUCUUUGAGUACUUGUGCGAGAAGCUUUGUGCUUGUUGCUAUGAGAGAGCGUGGUUUGCCAAAAGUGGCGGGUGCACUUCCAUACGUUUUCUUAUACGGCGGAUGCCGCUGCGAUGGCUGGUGGAGCAUCAGCUGGGCUUCAUCAAUGCUCUAUUCUUCGUGAUGAUGGACCUCACUAACGAGGUAUCAGCGGGUACUGUAGACAAUGCAAAGGAGAUUCUGGUAGACCUACUCAAGCUUUGCAACACACCUGCUAGCAAUUCUAAUAUACCCGAUCUGGAAACAGUCCAACAGCGAGUCUUUCCAACUCUAUGUCAGCAUCUAAUCAGGGAGAUAGUCUCCCCAAACGAGACGGUGCGCUUGCAAGCUCAGAGGUCCAUGGCGGUGCUGGCACAAGUCUGUGACAAGACCGUCUAUGAUAUCAUGCUUCCACACAAAUCAAUUCUGGAGGACAUGAUCCCACCAAAGAAACAUCUGUUGCGUCACCAACCAGUUAAUACACAGAUUGCACUGAUGGACGGUAAUACCUUCUGUACUACUCUCACGCCCCGCCUGUUCACCAUGGAUGUUACCAUUGUAGAGCACAAGGUGUUCUUCACUGAACUACUUUCUCUCUGUGAAGCUGAUGACGCUCAACUGCUCAAGUUGCCUUGUUAUAAGGCUGUCCAGUCCCUCACUCCGCUCAGGAAGAGUGCGCUAAAUGCCCUCUCAGUUUGUCACUACAUUGUUCAAGCUCGAGAGAAGAUCUUCAGUGUCCUGUACAAGGCACUUAACUCUUCUGUCCAAGAAAUCCAAGAGACUGCAAAAGAUUGCUUGAAAAAGUUUAUGACGGGGCCACAGCUCGACAUGGAACACGUGCACAUGAGUAUUCGCCCACUGCUUCUGAUGCUUGGGGACUAUCGCAGUCUCAACUUACCGCUCAUACAGCGGUUAUCGCACUUGAUGGAAUUGUUUCCAGGAUCUUUCAAUGAAAAGCUCUGUGAACAGCUGCUGGCGCAUCUAAAGAAGUGGGUUGAAGUGAUCAUCGCAGCCACUACGCAGGCGCAGCAGACAGCAGGAGGAAAAAUACCCAAACGGGUAGAGGAUGACCUUGAGAUCUGUACUUCAAUAAUCAACAUGUUCCAUCUCAUCCCUGCCGCCUCCUCCAAGUUGAUCGAUCACCUCAUUCAGCUGGUCCUCAAGCUAGAGAAAGUUCUCUUGAUUGAGGUUGGCAGUCCAAUGCGAGCACCUUUGCUGAAGUUCCUGACUAGGUAUCCAUCUCAAACUGUGGACUACUUUCUUCUUCACAUAGCGGAACCACAGAUGAACAGACUGCUGAUGCAUUAUCUAAGUAUGGAAGAGGAUGCCAAGAUUUUACGUCAGACGCUUGAGCAGAAUUCCUUGAAGCUUGUCAACAGUACAUUCACUGUUCAACAGCCACCAGAGGAGCAAAGUGCAGCCCUCCAGAAGAAGAUGGAGCUCCAGUACCAGGGUAUACUGAUCAUCAGAUUACUCGUCAAGUUUAACGACAACUGGCUUCCCGAACACCCUGUUGUGAUUGGCCAUUUGCGACGCAUUUGGGCAUCAAAGAGCUUCCAAGACCGGCUGAAUAAGGAUGGCAUCCCAGUGCAUCGAUGGCGUGAGCCUAAACUCUUAGUCAAGUGCCUUCUCAACUACAUCAAGCACAGACCAGAUGAAGUAGAGCCUCUGUUUCAUCUUUUGCGAGUCUUCACUUUAAGACAUGUGCCAGAUUUCCACUUUCUGCGAAAAUUCUUGGAUGAGACGGUUGCCAAGGGCUACACGGUCAAGCAAAAACGGCACGUCUUUUUCAGCUUCGUGGAUCUGUUUGUCGAGCAAAGUUUUCCACAAGAAUUGAAAGCGAAGGCACUACAGUAUGUCAUAAUCCCGAUGUUCCAAGUGUCGUUUGACUUGGGAGAGGUGGACUUGUUGAUCGGUGGCCCCCCGAACCCUGACCAGGACAGCAGCGAGAAUGUCAUCAGUGUUUUCGUGUCGAAAGUCAUUGACCCUGCCGAUCCCUUUGGAACUUCGGAUGCUGUGCGUAUCUUGUUGCUUCAGUUUUCUGCCCUUUUGGUGGAACAUGCCUCGCAACAUAUCCACGACGCUGCAAACAAGAAACAGGGAACGAAGUUGCGGCGCUUGAUGACAUUUGCCUGGCCAUGCCUGCUGCCUAAGCAGUGUGUGGAUCCCUCCACCAAAUACCACGGUCAUUUACUACUGGCGCACAUCAUCGCAAAGUUCGCCAUCCACAAGAGAAUUGUUCUACAGGUGUUCCAUAGUCUCCUGAAGGCUCAUGCAGUAGAAGCGCGUAGUGUGGUAAGGCAGGCGCUAGAGAUACUCACCCCUGCCAUGCCGGCACGAAUGGAGGACGGCAACACCAUGCUUACCCACUGGACCAAGAAGAUUAUCGUGGAAGAGGGACACACGGUGGCGCAGCUUGUACACAUGCUACAACUGCUGGUUCGGCACUAUCGGGUUUACUACCCAGUUCGUAUUCACCUUAUCCAGCACAUGGUCAGUGCUAUGCAAAGACUCGGCUUUACAGCGAGUGCCACUAUCGACCACCGAAAGCUAGCUGUAGACUUAGCGGAAGUGAUAAUCAAAUGGGAGCUUCAGCGGAUCAAAAGCGAGCAGGAGAAACAGCAGCAGCAACAGAAAGACGCUCAACCAGAGGCAGACAACAAAGCAGCUCCGGGCUCAUUAAAACGUCCAGCUGAAGACCAGUCGAAUGCAGACUCCAAGAGGCCUCGAUCAGUAUCACAGACUAGUGCUAUUCGUGUAGCAUCUGCUGUUCAAGAAAGCAAACUCAAGUCUCCGCUUGAAAAGCAUCAUUCGGAUUCUCUUGUGAACUUCCUCCUUCGAAUUGCAUGUCAGGUAAAUGAGCCGUCCACCACUGUGGGUUCGCCUGGAGAGGCAUUAUCCCGCCGCUGUGUCCUCUUGCUAAAGACCACAUUAAGACCAGACUUAUGGCCAGGAGCGGAUCUUCGCGUCCUGUGGAUCGAUAAGCUGCUUGUUACUGUGGAGCAGACUCCCGCCGCCAAUUACGCGAACGUGUGUACCGCCAUCGAGAUCCUCACCUACUUGCUCUCUGUGCUACCACAGCAGACAAUCCUGACAUUGUUCAAGCCGUUGCAGCGAGGUAUCGCCACUUGCAUGACAUGCCAGAACACCAAGGUGAUCCGUGCGAUCCACACUCUUCUUGGUCGACUUAUGACGCUCUUCCCCCUGGAUACAGCUGCUAUCAAGCAUGAGGAACUAGAGAUGCUGUACAACAGUAUUGCCAAGGUUAUCACUGACGGGCUUACCAACUACGAGAGGGUAACAAAUGCAGCAACAUCUAUCCUGUACGGACCGCUGAUGAUGCUCAAGGCUGCCUGCAUGCACAACCCAUCUUAUAUUGACAGUUUAAUGAAUCCGUUCAUGAGGGCUCUCCAGCGGAUGCACAAGGACCACAUCAGCGCCGUUCUGGGAGAAAGCACCGGUGCUAGCGAGAUGUUAACGUUGUGUCUGGAGUUGAUCAAAAACCGCCUUGGCAUUAUGUCCCCUGAGGUCCGAAAACUCUUCUUCUUCAUCAUCACCACGCUCAUCGAGAAAUCCCCGGAUUCGAAACUCUUGAGGGCCAUCACAAAGAUAGUAGAAGACUGGAUCAAGACAAAAGUGACCCAGCUCACCAUCCAACACUUGCCCUCCCUUCGCGAGAAGACGCUACUGCUAGUCCGCAUGAUGAUCAACUACGAGAAACGGUUCCCUGAGGAGUUCGAGCUUCAGGCGCAGUUCCUCGAACUCGUAAACUACGUCUACAGGGACGAGGGACUAAUGAACACCGAACUUGCGGCGAAAUUGGAGCCCGCUUUCCUGUCUGGUUUGAGGUGCAUACAGCCCCAGAUCCGGUCUCGUUUCAUGGAGGUGUUUGAUAAAACUAUGAAGAAGAAGCUUUACGACCGAUUGGUUUACAUCUUCUGCUCUCAGAACUGGGAGGCAAUGGGUGCGCAUUUCUGGAUCAAGCAGUGUAUUGAGUUGCUGCUAGCUGUGUCUGUCUGCGAUCGCGCUAUCACCCCAUCUAGCACGUACAGUCUGUUGCCAUCCAUCUCGGCCAUGGCGCGGUCAGGGGACACCCCACUCGCGAAUGAACUCAAUAGGUCUCCCGUCGCGCCAGCCCCAGCAAUACCACAGGCAGAAAUUCCAGCAGGAAAAGCACCAGAAGCAACAGCCGAAGUUCAGGGAGAGGAGCCCAUGGACACGUCCCUUGAGGAGAAAAAGAACUUAAAAGAUGUGAAGAAAAGCACUUUCCUCUUCGAGGAGCAGGAUGUGGAUAAACUUUUUGAGCUAGUCGAGAAUCAGACAGAAGAGGACCUUGCAUCCUGUACAAAAAGUGAUGACGUGCUUGUUUCCAUGGUUAACAAACACGGCAAAUUCCUAGAAGAGUUACGAGAAGUAAAGACUGCCUCUUUUUUGGGUGCCACGGCACAGCUCUGCCACAGCAACUCAAAGCUGGCCCACAAGAUCUGGGUGGACCUGUUCCCCCAGCUGUGGGUCAUGCUAUCUGACCGUCAACAGCAAGUGCUCGCCGGCGAACUUAGCCCAUUCAUGUGCAGUGGUAGUCACUUGGUACAGAUGGACAUCCAUCCAAGUGCGGUACACACCAUACUUGAGGGCGUGUCCAAGUGCGAUCCUGUGGUCCCCGUCAGGCCCUGUAUCCUCAAGUAUCUUGGCAAGACCCAGAACUCGUGGCAUCGUGCGGCGCUUACCCUAGAGGAGUACUCCACGCUGUGUGAGGAUUACACCACGCCUCGUGCCGCGCAGCAACACCAACAAGUAGUGGACUACGCCAUGUUUGACGAGGACGCCACUGAGAUCAACCCCAAUGAGACGCUAGACAGCCUGGCUGAGAUGUACUCUCUGUUGAACGAAGAAGACAUGUGGGCCGCUCUCUGGCAACAGCAUUGCAAGCAUCCCGAGACAGCAACUGCCAUUGCAUACGAGACUCAGGGCUUUUACGAGCAAGCACAAAGCGCCUAUGAAUUGGCAAUGAACAAGGCCCGAGAUGACCACAACAAAGGUCCAGCCAAUCCAAGCUUUGUGUCCGAGUACAAGCUGUGGGAGGAACAUUGGCUCAGCUGUGCCAAGGAGCUCGGUCAGUGGGAUCUGUUGAUGGAGUUUGGCAAAUUUAAAAGUCAUCCUAACCCAUUUUUAGUGCUGGAGAGUGCAUGGCGAGUGCCUGAGUGGCAAUCCAUGAAGGAGGCUCUAGCACAGGUUGAGCUGAAUUUCCCUGAGAAUAUUGCAUACAAGUUGAAUCUCUACCGAGGUUUUAUCGCUAUCUGCCACCCGGAUGAGCAGCACCUGAACAUGGUUGAAAAGCUGGUGGAACGUUCUACAGAUCAAGCUAUCCGUCAAUGGAGAAGACUUCCGACGGUUAUCUCCCAACAGCAUUUGCCCCUUUUACAGGCGGCCCAACAAAUAAUCGAGCUCCAAGAAGCUGCGCAAAUCCACAUGGGUCUUCAGCCUCAGAGUGUGGGGCGCAGCGUUAGCCUGCAUGACAUGAAGGCCAUAGUCAAGACAUGGAGGAACCGGUUGCCAAUGGCAUCUGACAGCCUGAGCCACUGGAGCGAUAUCUUUAUGUGGCGGCAUCACCAUUACCAGGCUAUCGUUGCUGCAUACGAGGGGCAGACCUCUCUCGAGCAGCAACAGUCAAACCAUGCCAUGCUCGGGGUACACGCGUCGGCAUGGGCCAUCAUUCACUAUGGGUACAUCGCACGCAAGCAAAACCUGACAGGAGUAUGCCUUGACUCGCUCAGCAGAAUCCACACGAUACCUAGUGUGCCGAUAGUGGAUUGUUUCCAGAAGAUCCGUCAGCAGGUCAAGUGCUACCUGCAGAUGGCGGGCUGCAUGGACAAGACCGACCUACAAGAGGGCCUUGAAGUAAUAGAAUCCACGAACUUGAAGUACUUCACCAAAGAGAUGACUGCCGAGUUUUUUGCGCUCAAGGGCAUGUUCCUGGCACACAUUGGAAGGUCCGAGGACGCGAAUAAAGCGUUCUCUCAGGCAGUUCAGAUGCACGACUCGCUAGUCAAAGCGUGGGCCUUGUGGGGGGACUACUUGGACAACUUGUUCAUGAGGGAAAGAAACAUCCAGCUCGGAGUGUCGGCGAUUGUUUGCUAUCUUCACGCCUGCAGGCAUCAGAACGAGUCAAAGUGCCGCAAAUACCUGGCGCGUGUCAUCUGGCUUAUGACGUAUGACGACGAGAAGGGCUCUAUCGCUGAUGCAGUAGAUAAGUACUGUGUUGGGGUACCUCCACUACACUGGCUUCCUUGGAUUCCACAGCUAUUAUCAUGCCUUGUACGAAGAGAGGGACAGAAAAUACUCAAUUUGCUCUGCAACAUAGGGCGUGUCUACCCACAGGCGAUGUACUUCCCCAUCCGAACGUUGUACCUCACGUGGAAGAUAGAGCAGAGAGAAAGGCACAAAGUUGAGGCUGCGGCAACUGUCGCGAGCCAACGCGCCCAGGGUCAACCAGCUACUUCGACCGCCUCUACAGAUGCCAAAACAACAACAUCAGCAAGUACAGUGGACUCUACGGGCUCGUCUAAGGCAGUUACAACUACUGUAGCAGCAACAACCACUAGAACUAUACAGGCUGCUCCGGCAAGCUCAGAUAACACAGCUGCGAAUAAGGCUCAGUCAACAUCUAGUGCAACAUCUUCAGAACAGACGUCUUCCUCGGGAUCCAACACUGCAGGAGCAAGCCAGAGUGACCCGGGUGCUAUCCGAGCCACUGCCCAGAUGUGGCGCUGCAGCAAGAUCAUGCAUAUGCUACGAGACCUUCAUCCCACACUACUGUCUGCCCUGGAGGGCAUUGUAGACCAGAUGGUGUGGUUUAGAGAGUGUUGGCAUGAGGAAGUCCUUAGGCAGCUUCGUCAAGGUUUGACCAAGUGCUACCAAGUGGCAUUUGAGACUAGGGGAGAUGUAUCUAGUGCGCGUAUAACGCCACACACUCUCAGCUUCGUGAAGAAGCUCGUGAGCACAUUUGGUAUUGGCUUUGAGCCUGCUUCAAGCGUCUCCACUACAUUAUCCACUGCUGCGUCCGAGUCUCUCGCCCGCCGCGCACAGGCCACUGCACAGGAUCCAGUCUUCCAGAAGCUGAAGGAGCAGUUUGCUUCCGAUUUUGACUUUAGUGUCCCAGGAGCGAUGGGUCUUCACAGUCUGAUCAGCAAGCUAAAGAAAUGGAUUCGUAUUCUUGAAGAAAAAGCUAAGUUGUUACCAAGCUCGUUUUUGCUGGAGGAGAGAUGCCGUUUUCUAAGUAACUUCACCAUAUCCACCGCCGAGGUGGAGCUGCCAGGGGAGUUCUUGAUGCCUAAAGCGAACACGCACAGCCCCUACUACAUCCGCAUCGCAAGAUUCAUGCCAAAAGUCGAGCUGGUCCAGAAACAUAACUUUUCUGCACGUCGUCUCUUUAUUAGAGGCAACAACGGCAAGGUUUACCCCUAUCUUGUUGUCAAUGACGCCUGUAUGACAGAAUCUCGUCGGGAGGAACGCAUACUCCAGCUGCUGCGACUUCUCAACUUGUACUUCGAAAAACGAAAGGAGGCUUGUAAGAGACAUCUCCUGUUUUCUGUACCUCGAGUUGUUGCCGUCUCGCCGCAAAUGAGACUGAUUGAGGACAAUCCUUCGUUCAUCUCUCUUAGGGAGAUACUAGGCAAGCGUUGUGACCGCAAGCACAUCGAAGCAGAUUCGCCCAUAGCCCUGUACUACGAGCGCUUGGCCGCCGUGCAGUCACGUGGUUUGCAAGUUACUCAUCAGGUGCUGAGGGACAUCCUCCGCGAGAUCCAGUCUACAAUGGUCCCAGAGAUUAUGCUGAAGGAAUGGGCCCAGUACACGUACGCGGACCCCACCGAUUACUGGACAUUCAGGAAGCAGUUCUGCGUUCAGUUGACGUUGCUGUGUUUCGCCGAGUUCACACUGCAUCUAACUCGUCUCGGAUCCGAGAUGCUUCAGGUCGCGCAGGACUCGGGCCGACUCACUGUCACGUAUUUCAGAUUUGAGAUCGACGACUCGAAGGGUGAGCUUGAUGCUAACCGCCCUGUGCCGUUUCGCUUGACGCCUAACAUGGCGGAGUUUGUUACCCCAUUGGGCGUGAGCGGAGUCAUGUCGGCGUCCAUGGUCGCAGCUGCCCGCUGUCUGGUUGAGCCGCAGUUCAGCAUUCAGAGCAUUCUGCGCGCGGUGCUGAGGGACGAAAUGAUCGCCUGGCAUAAGAAGAAGCAAGACGAGACGUUCACCCUUCCCUUGAGCUCGCCUCCUGCAGACAUGGACAGCGAGUUGCUCAUCACUCUAGUCACUGGCGCCGUCAACGCCAUCACCACUCGACUGCAAAAUCUAGCGCAGUACGAGGGAGGUGAGACCAAGGUGUCGACUCUGAUCGCUGCUGCUACCAGUGGUGACAACUUGUGCCGCAUGGACCCCGCUUGGCAUCCCUGGCUAUAGGCUUGGCUUGACUACCCCCCUCCCCACACACACACCAUGUGACCACAAGUUAGGGAUCUCUGACAGUCGCCGUUUUGUAACCCUUAGGAAAAGACCACGCGCGAGAAAGCAUUCGUUUCCAUCGGAUAAUUUGGAAAAGUAUUGUAGUAUUUGCGAUCGAAAUUAGUGAAUAAUGUAUAAAACAUGUUAGAUGGCUAUUUUGUUUUAAGAUGGCUUUUUCGAAAUUACUUCAAAUAAUAGUUUUGGAUUAAACAAGAACGAAGUUGUGGCUGACUAGGUAGCAAUGCUAGGCCGUUAACCCGUCGUCACGUGGUCCCGGUUCCAUAGCCAUACUUCUAAGUCAAAUCUCUGUGGGGUUUUGUAGGAUUCGGGUAAGCUAGAAUUUUCCCUUUAUAGUACUUGUUAAAAUAAACCGCUUCUUGUAUGUAAAAAAAAA